GGCGGCCAUUACAAUCGUAAUUCCAUGAAACGUAAGCAAGGUGGUCAUUUGAACUUGUAUGUGUUUUUUAAAUCACUGAUUGCAAUUUAGACUAUGAGUUAACCAACUAUGAUUAGGAUAACCUUCAAUUUUCAUAUUAAAUAAGCAAUAAAAAAUUCAGACAUAAAUAAAAUAUUAUAAAUAAUAGAGCACCACAACCGCACAAACCAUUUUUCAGGCCGUUUUCAUUUAUUUUGCCAUGAUUAUGAUUUUAAUUACCAAAAUAACAAUGGCUCAAUGGUAGUUCCCAACUACUAAUUACCUCAAACCCCUACUUAGCAGCUAGCUUUUGACAAUGUCAGGCUUGCAAAAAAAAAAAAAAGAGAUUCUAGGUUACAUCUAGGUUCUAGAUUCUUACUUACACUUCUGACUUAAAAUAUAAAUAUGACUAACUUAAAUUAUUAUAUUAUUUUUCAGAAAUGAUUAUGAUUUUAAUUACCAAAAUAACAAUGGCUCAAUGGUAGUUCCCAACUACUAAUUACCUCAAACCCCUACUUAGCAGCUAGCUUUUGACAAUGUCAGGCUUGCAAAAAAAAAAAAAAAAAGAUUCUAGGUUACAUCUAGGUUCUAGAUUCUUACUUACACUUCUGACUUAAAAUAUAAAUAUGACUAACUUAAAUUAUUAUAUUAUUUUUCAGAAUUUAGUAUUAGUUACUAGUAUAACUUUAUAUUCUAUACUAAUACUAUACUUACUAAUAGCACAGGUACUUUGACUAAACAGUAAACUAAACCUUAGUUUGCCUAUCAUAUAUAAUAAUAUAAGGCAAUAAGGAAUCUAAAUUAAGGCUAAGGCCUUUUAAUUAUUGAUAUUAAUUAUAGUUUAGUAAGCCAAUAGACUAUACUAUUAGUGUCUAUAGAUAUAAUUAUAAUAUUUAAUUUAGUAAAUAUAGGGCCUAGUGUCAGUGUAAUAUUUGAUUUAUAGUGAUAAGAAUAAGGGGGUCAUUCAUAAAUUAGAGGGGGGAGGGUGCGGAGAAUUGUGACCUUAAAUUUGAGGGGGGGGGGGGUGGCUAAACUUUUGUGACGAAGUGGGGGUUGGGGGGUAAAAUAACAAAAUUUGAGUGACAUAAUUUAUGGAUGGAGAUUCAUAUACAGUAGGUGUAGUGUAGGCCCCUACUAUAUUUAUUAUUUUUAAUUCAUAUUAAUAAUGGAGUAGUGCAUAGAUAUCUAUAGAAAUUAUAUACUUAAGCUGCAACUAAGCGAGUACUAAUAAGCAUAUUUUUUACCAAUACCAAUAUUUUAAUAGUAAUGUAUAGUAAUAGUAUAAUAAGGAAUUUGUUUCGCUUAUUUCACAUGGUCAUAUUAAAUAUUAUCACUUCUUGAUAAUUAUUUAUAUCAACACAGAUGAUAGCCUGAAAAAUUCAUCAAGUAGUCAUCUUAUAAUUUUAUAUUACUUAUUGUAGGCCUAAAACAAAGCCUAAUAGGACAGGGGUCUGUAACCUUGUUUGAAGUGAAGGAAGACUAUAUGAUAAAUUCUAUCAACAAAAAACUUAAAAUGAAAAGUAAUGAAUCAUUAUUUUGAAAAUAAGAAAAAGUAAUGUAAAUAGUACAAAGAGAUGCUUUUAUUUAUUAAAAAGGUUGCAUAUGGCUCCGAAAUGGCAGAUUUCCGAUGGCUGCCUUAGUGAUAGUGUCUAUCAAUUUUUACUUAAAUUGUUUAACUUGUUAAAAUUCAAAAAUCAAUCUGUAGAUUUACUUGAUUUUUGUUGUACUUGUACUUAUAAAUAAUACUGAAAACUAUUAUGAUUCUCAUGACCAUUCAGUACAGUACUGAGGACUGUGCUCAAACAGCUGCCACCCAUUCACCAUUGUCAAGCUAAGAGAAAAGAUCAAAGUGAAUAUUUGUUUCCUUGUUUGAAAUAAAUAAAAAUUCAAAAUUGAAGAAAGUUUUCUGUAAGUAUUUCAACAUCUGAUCAUAAGAAUUACAGAAAGAUCUCUGAGACAGAGCUUAGCAUAAAUUAUUAAUAACUCAUUAUAAUUUUUUGUUAGCUCCUGAUUUUUGUUAUGACACAUAAAGAUUAAUUGGUAAGUGGUAAGACUGCAUCAACAGAUUUUUUAAUCAUAUGUUAAGCUAGCUGCUGAAUUCUGUGGUAUUCAGGAUUUAUCUCCUCCCUAAGAAUUGCUACCUAAAGUGGCUAGCAAUUCUAUUCCACCUGGCCAUUCACUCAUUGCUUAGGGUAGCCCAUGAUGAAAAUCCAACCCACAUCCUCUUGAUCGAGAGACUGCCAAUGUUUAUAUUAACAUAUUAUAUGAGCAUAUAGAUAUAAUAAUUAAGAAUUAUUCAUAGUCUUAGUCCUACUUUGUUCCAAGGGAUUUUAGUUUUGAAUGUUUUAAAUGCUUCAUUAACUUCAUUACCCAUUCUUAUAAUUAGUAUUAAUUAAAUCAAGAACUGAUUGCAGCCAGUGCUAUAGUCAUACUUGGAACAUGGGCUUGCCAUAUCUCAACAUCAAAUGAUUAACUACCAGUACCUGCUCUCUCAUUGUGUAAAAUUAAAAUACUUUAAAAUUUCUCUCAAAAUUAAUGAAGAUGUUAGGUCAUCCAAAUGGAGCCCAAGAUCUUUUUUAUUUUAAAGUACAGUAUUUAAUUUAAACAGCCUUCAAUAAGUUUAUUUCCUAUAAAUCAAAGUAUAUAUGUAUCAGAUGUGGAAGUACUCUUUUUAGUUAAAUAGAAUCUAAAAGAAAAUCUUGAAAUUUUUUAAUUUUAGGAAGAAGUGAUGUCCUCUAAUAAGUUUUCAGCCCAAGAAAGUGGGCCAGAUGAGGACCAUCAAAUUAGAAGUUUUACAGCUGCUAAAUUUUCCAAGGGUAAAAGUUUAUUCUAUUGACUAUUUAGAUUUAUGAACCAUCUCUGUGAUACUUGAUAUGUUCAAGAACUGUUCUGUGCUUUUGUUUCAAUAACAAUACAAAUAAUCAUCACUAUCUUCCAGUAAGUUCCAGAUUCAGUAGCCAUUUGGACAUGUGCCUUUCGGCUCAAGAACAUGGGGAAAAAUGUUCACACUCUCCACAGCUGUUCUUUAUUUUAUAUAGGGGCUAUUGGCGUGGUCUGGUAUUUUUGUAGAAGGGUAAUAAAGGGAGAGACUACAAUCAGGUUAGCACAUUAUAAAAUGAGUAAAACAAAGUAGGGUUAAACCUGAAAACAUGAACUCAACAAAACAACAAAAGUGUCGGCAGGAAGCCUUCGUCAGUGAACAAAACAACAGAAAAAGCAUUAUAAAAAUAAAAAAUAGCACUUAGCUUAGAAGUAUUUUUGGUAGGUAGUUAAGACCUAAGUUCUAAAGUGCUGGGUAGUGAAAGAAUUAAUGUGUUACUGUCUCAUUUGGAUGUCUGCAGAAGGGGAACAUUGGUGUUUAAUUUAGCUUUAUGUGGUUAACUUGAGAAUUUAGUUGUAUGAGUCCUGAGACCAGUUCAUGGCGUUGGGGCCAAUUAUUGGAUCUUUAGGGUCUGGGCUGGGGAUGUGUGUGAAAGCACAUCUUCCUGUUGAGACCAUAGCAAACCCAUUUAACCACUCUUCUUUUUUGGUUAGCUCUGAUUAGCAGUGUGGAGGGAUAUCAGUAUGUUUGGCUGUGUUGAGUGAUGUAGGCAUGUUUGGCUAUUCAUUGGAUGCUCCCUGUUUUGCCAGUUUGUCUGCUCUUACAUUUCCUUGUGUAUUGUGCUGUAUUGUUACUGAAAGCAAAAGUUAGCCUGAGUGCAUGGGUGGUGAGGAAGGGGUUUAUUUUCAGAAGUACCGACAUUGAUUUUACUGUUGUUGUAAGAUCUUGACGCUCAUCUGUCUGAAGUAUUGACUUGCUGUAAGAGAAAAUAAAGAUAUUACUUCGUUUGCUGUUUUAAGCUGUGAAGAUUGCAGGCAGAUGGUGUAACACUGCUUCAAAAGCAGUCAUUUCUGUUUCAUAAUUACUGCACAUGGCCGCACAGGGGCAAAACAAGUAAAAUAACUUUAUAGCUUAUAUUGAAAUCUUCAUUCCAACUCCUGACUAUCAAUUAAUUUACACUUUAACCCACGAAAUGUCAAAUGCAAACUCUUUUUUUUUUUUUUUUUAAGUAACUUUGAUUUUGAUAUUUAUCACUAAAAGACCCAAAACUAAUAGAAAAUUAAUUCAGAGACCUAAAUAACUUCAUUGAUUAUAAUUAUUAAUAUUCUGAGAGUAAAUUGGACAAGACGAAAUGUCAAAUGCAAACUCCUUUUUUUUUUUUUUUUAAGUAACUUUGAUUUUGAUAUUUAUCACUAAAAGACCCAAAACUAAUAGAAAAUUAAUUCAGAGACCUAAAUAACUUCAUUGAUUAUAAGUAUUAAUAUUCUGAGAGUAAAUUGGACAAGGAAUAAUAUGUUAUGAAAGUUGGAAUUGUAAGCUAUGUGAAAUUAAUAUGAUCUUGAUCUUUCUGCAGUGAGUAAAAUUGUAGACCUGUUAAAUCUUAAAAUUUUGGUGUACAAUGCACGAUUUUGAAAUGUCUUUUAUGAAUGCACACAGAGACCUGUCAGAACUAUGAUUUUAGGAGAUUGAGCUAAAAAAUAUAUUAUGGUGACUUUUACCAUUUAUAUUAAUUCAGGUAAAUAAAACAAUUAUUGUUAGUUUUAACUCCUUUCUACACCCAGCGGUGAAUGGGCAGAGAAAUACAAUUGGCUGAGGACCAUCCAUAAAUUAAAUUAUGUAGGCACUGAGAGGGGAAAGAGGGUGAUCUUGACUUGGAAGCCUACGGAUGUCUAUGGUGAGGUGUCUAAAAAAUUUUUAAAGGCUAUAAAAUAACACCACCACGUUUUGUAAUGAUUCUCAUAUUGUUGCUUUGUGUUUAACACAAUGAACUCAAUAGAUACAGCAACAGCAAUAUUUAGCAGAGUUGACCUAGAGACAAAUGUAAUCAAAAUUCUAUUUGUUUGCUUCAGUGUUUUAUGAUGUAAUUUUGUGACAUAAUUAUUUCGUCUUCGGCUGAACAGCAUCUAUUUAAAAAAUGGAGUAAACUGCAGAAUUAAAAUAAAAAUUCAUUCUCAACUGUUCCUAGUUCACCUAGUUAGCAACAUUUGAUAUCUAUUUUUAGAAGUCAUGAAGCUGCUGUACAUUUUAUUCCAGCACUUCUCUUCCCUUCUGCCUUUACAGAUUGUGUUACCAGUAGUUAAUAGACUACCGGUAGCGAUUAUUUGCAUUUUUGACCUAAACACACAUUUGAAAUAUGUAUACGGUACAUAAUUUAUUUUGAUGGUAUGCUCCAAUUUGGUGCACCCGCCCCUUAUUUUGGACUGAUUAAAAAAAAUAGAUUGAAAUUAGUAAUAAAUUAUUUGUAAAAAUUACUUUUUAGGAACUACUAAAAUAAAAAGGAUUUAUGUAAACACAGCUGGGUAAGGGGAACAUAAGUUUCCACAAGUAAUUUAGUGUAGUAUGAUAAAAAAACUAUAUUCGGGUAUAGGCAAAAUAGCAUCCAUGCAUUUUGAAUUUAUAAAAAAAAAUUCUUGGAAGGGGACUCUUCCUCCUUCCUGAUUCCCACCCCCCACCUUAAGCAGGUGUCCUCAAUUUCUGCUCCCCCACCACAUCUUAAUCUAUGAAAGUGGUAAAUGACAGGCUCCUUUUUAUUUGCAAUAAUACACUGUAUGUAAAUAAAUAGACGUCUGUUCUACUUUGAGAAGUGACCUUUAUUAGUCAUGUGAUGUGAAAAGUUAUUUAUACAUUAUACCGUAUGUUUUUUUAUUUACUAUUACAAUACGUUAUUGUACAAUUUUGAGAUUGUUCCAGUGUAACCAGGUCUGAAAUUGUGCUACUGUCCUGUUUAGCUUUCUUAAAACUCACACCCACGCUGGUGUUGGAUGGGUCCUUUUUAUCAUCUAAAUAAUUUUUUCACACGCAUAUUAUAAAACAUUAUUCGUCUUUCAGUUAAGAAAAUAUAAAGUUAAUAGGGUUUAUAGAAAUUUUAAAAAAAAAUUCAUGGUGACAAUAUUUAUUGAUAUAAAGCCUAUUAAAUUCAUUAGUACCCUAUUUUCUACUACUCCCACUAUUAAAACUGCAUUAUUAUCAUAACCAAGUGUAAUACCAACAAACUUUCUUCAAAAUCAUAAAGAAGUUAACUCACAUAAAUUAGGCUUUUGUUUUGCAGGACCAACACCUAAGUCCAACAGGUUUGUUUUAACAAAAAACUUCUGAAAAUUUCAGCUCAACUCCCAUCUUCAGUUCAGGUUCAUGGUUAAAAAUCCUAACAAGAUGUAAAACUACCUUUGUAAUUUUAUGUAUAACCUUGAAAUUCAAUAAACCAAUUCCAUGGAUAGCUUUCAGCUACACUGCAACUCAACAGUUAAUUUUAUUGCAUAUUAUAUAUUUAUGUAAUAUUGUCAGUUGUGUAAUCAAUCGUAUCUUUUUGAUAAUACAUGUGAAUUAUGAUUUUAAAUAUUGUGCGUUCUAAAAUUAUUUAACACAGGACAAAAACAUUUUGGGCUAAGUAAGUGGGUCCUCAAUAAUCUAAAUGAAAAUUUGCAGCUUUAAAGAUAAACAAAAUCAACAUUAUUUGAUGUAUUUAAUAAUACUUAUAAAUACUAGAACAACUUAAACUGAUCUGAUAAAAAUAUGUUCUCUUUAUUGCACAUUUAGUUCACUCCAUUGCAGAAACUUCUUUUAGACAUUACUCUGAAGUUAAAGACUUAACAUGUCUCAUUGCUACAUCUUGGUACAUUGAUACCAUACAAAAGAUGAAUGCUGAGUAGAGUUAGCUCUUAACACAAUGGCCAACUUAAAAUCCCUCUUAGAUGCGGUUUUAAGGGGGAGGGGCACUGGGAAUUUUUCUGAGCAUUCUUCAUAUGAAAAAAUUUGCUGGGAUAAGUUUAGGGGGCCUUAUUAGAAUUGAAUUUAGGAAUUCCUUCAGUAAAUUAAAUACGUUUGUAUUUUGAUUUUUUAUCCUAUUCGACAGCAGCUAAACAUAUUAUCUCUUAAGUACAGCACAAUGACACUUUUUCUGACAGAAGUAUUAUCUUAUUCCAAACAAUGUAAUUUUCAGACAUCCUGGUUAGUCACACAUAUUCUGGUUCUCAGACAUUUUUCAAAUUUAUUAUUAUUUAUUAUUUUUGUAAUAUGUAGUAUCUGACAUCUCAAAGCCUGAAAGUAUAUUUACACUGAGAGUAAAGCAGUUCUAAAUUACCCUAAUGAUUACUGCUUUAAUUUCAUAAACUGUAACUUGUCUUGAUUUAACAGUGUUGUUUUGAAUUGAAAUGUGAUUGAAUUUUAUUUUUUAUAUUUUGUUGAAAAAACCCAUCUAUCCUACUUAACUGUUGUCCCAAUAAAACAGAAUUCAUUUUAUUUGAUUAUAAGUAUGCUAUAUUAAAUAGAUAAUUAUAUUUUUUCUGCAUUAGUUGUAUCAAUUCUACAUUUUUCUUUUGUUUCAGUUGUUCAUUCUGACUGUCAUACUCUUCACUGGAAGAAGUAAGUUAAAAUGUUGUUUAAAAAAAUGCAAUGACAAUAUGGAUAGGACUUUAUCAGACAGAAGAGUGAAUUGAAAAACAUAUUUGACUUUCUCAAGUUUGAAAGUUAAUCAGUAAACAAUUUUAUUUUUAUUUUCCAGGCAAAUUACAUUUGUACCAAAGGAAUACUCAAAAAUUAAAGAAUUUUUGAAUGAUGUUCCUCAUAUAAUUUCUCAAGAGGGCACAUAUGGCUAUAUCUGGGAUAAGGUUAGAACAGUUUUUAGUUUAAAUACCGGUAGUGCAUUUCUUACUUAAUCCUGUUUUUCGCAAUCUAAAGCAUAUUGAAAUAAACUAGCAAAAGAAUAUUGAAAUAAAGUUUGAGAUUGGCUGCAGUUUGACCUUUUGAAAUAUUUAUUGGAUAAUUAAAAACUAAUUUUCUUAAAAAGUAAAAUAGUACUCAGUAUGUAAAACUUUUUUCAUUUAAAUUUAAAGUUAUUUAUUCUUGAAUUGAGCACUUUUAUUAUGUAAUUAUUUUAUUUAGUAUUUUGUGCGCAACUUUAUUUUUAAAAAUUACCCUAUGUGAAAUUGUCUGAGUCAGAACAAGGAUGCAAGAUGCACUUAGAGGACAGCAACUAAUACUAAUUCAAAUAAUUUUAUUUGUAAUACUGUAAUCUUUUUUAGCUUUUUUGGCAGAAUUUUGAAAAUUCAAUUUAAAAAAAAAAAAUUGUGUCACUGUACUUCUUUUCUUUAGAGUUUGCAACCUUCAGAUGGUAAAUAUGAACCUGGAGUGCAUUAUUGUGGAACAAGAGAGCCAGACAGAAAGAGUGUUCAUGGUGUUGUUUCAUUUUACCGCGAUGGUGUGACAGGUGUGAAAUUUGCCAUCAAAACUUUAGAGGUAGCUAACAGUAAUAUGGUUAUCUAUUCAGUUAGUGAGAGGGAGUCACCCAUUAAAUAAACAUAAAAGUUGUGAUAUUUUGGAAACGUACUGGUAUUAAAAAGGACAUUAGUAAAAAUUUUACCUUGUCCCAGCCCAACUUAAUGACAAAUCCUUCCCUCUGUUAGUGGCUUAAGUAUUUUUUCCACUGAACUGAUGCUUUUAUUCAAUUAAUCAUCUUAGGAAAAUACUCAUUUUCACCCUGAGGAGAUCACUGUUAGCCUUAUAAAUGAACACCCAAACAUCUGUGCUGUCUAUGGAAUUAUUAUCAGGAAUCAUCGAAUUCACAUUCUACUAGAACAUGCAGGUAAUUUAUGUAUUUUCUUUUCAGUGAUAAAUGUAGUACUAGUAGUACACGCUUUUUCUGUUUAUUUUUAAAAGCCAAACUUUAUUAUUAUUUUUUUAUAUUGUAAAAGGAAUUAUAUCAAUAUGUGCAAUUACAAUUUUAUUAUUUCUAAUGUGGAAAUGAAUCAAAUUAAAGUUAACUAAUCAAUAGAUGAAGAUAAAUAUUUCUAACAGAAUGUUUAGAAAAAUUUAAUUUAAUUUUACUGAUGCCCAAAAUAUGUUUAGGUGGGAACUUACUUGAAAAACAAUAAAUUGUAUAUAAUGUAUAACUUAUAUGGUUAUCCUGUACUUUGAUUCUUUCUUUACAAAAUUAUGAGCGCAAUUAAUAUUUCAUAUUAUAAGAGAUUAUUUUAACCCUCCUGGCAGAAACUUUCAGAAAGUAUUUAUCGUAUGCAUUGUUCAUUAGGUUUACCAUUGAAUGAAGAAAGGUCAUGGAUAGCUGAUUCUCCUCAGAGAAUGCUAUUAGUAGCUAAGCAAAGCUUCCAGGCGAUAGAAGCUCUGCAUCAAUCUGGUUUUGUACAUUGUGACAUAAAGCGUAAGUAAAUGAUACAUUUUUCAAUGUUAAAUUUCUUUUUUUGUAUAUUUAGCCUAAAUCUAACUUGGUAAAUUGACUCACAAAGUUACCCAAGGAACUUCUUUCUUUUUCCUUUCAGAAAUUUGUUCUUUAUAUUAAAUAUUUUGUUUCUUUUACAUUUUUAAUAUCUUUUAGAAAAAGGCUUUCCUCAAUGGAUAAAAUAAUCCUUCCUACAACAGCUCCCCAGUAGUACUACUUUUAUAAGAUGCAUAUCAUUUAUAUAAAUGUAAAAAUUAUUAUUAUUUGUCACUCAAUUUGGUUACCAGUACAUAAUACGAAUAAGUAAUAUUAUCCUAUGAUGUGAUUAUCUUUAUUCAAUUAUUGUUAAUUCUUCUUUGAUGGCAUUCUGUUUCCUGGUAGGUAGGAACUGGUAGGAACUUGAACUCAUCCUAUAAAAAAAUCAAAUGAAGAUUUUCCAUUUUAAAUGAACAAUCUAAUCUUCAAUUUAAUUUUAAUAAGAUAAAAUUAUCUAAAUUACAGCUGACAACAUAAUGAUAUCAAAACAUGGUAAUGAUUUUACUGUGAAACUGAUUGAUUUUGGCAGUUGUCAACGUGAAGGAACUGUACUUCCCCAUCAUGCUCAUACUACUUUAUUUUACUGGUCCCCUGAGAUUUGGCAGGCUUUGACCAAUAAGGUAAUUGAGAAAAGUGAACAUUUAAAUAAAAUAUUUUAAUUAGUUUAAAUGAAAUAGAACAAGCCACCCUUUGCUUGGAACCAUCAAUCACAUUUUUAAAGUAUAUCUAUAAAUAGCCUCUCGUGUACUAACCUCACCCUAGCUUUUUUUCCAUGUGUUCCUUGGAAAUUCAUAAACAUGCUUUUAAAUGAAUCAGAAUUUAUUAAAUAUACUAGUAUAAAUCUACCCAAGCCGGUGAAAAAAACAAAGCCAUAAAAAAUUGUUUGAUAAUUUGACUAAAGGGAAGAUAUCUCAUCUGUGGCAUAUUUGUGCUGGUAACUUUUCAGUCUGAAAAUCUCAAUGCAUUCUAAAAUUUAAACAAAAAUAAAACAUUCAAAUUUUCAUAGCUGCUGUUACUGUGCUAGGUCAUGUAUUAUUGAGUCAUCUACACAUUUAUUGGAAGUACCACCAUGAUGUAGUUUUUCAUUGUUUUUGAUGAGAUCGAAUAUAGUCAACUUGUUCACUUUGACUUUGAUAUUAAAAUAUAUUUAUUUCUUAGGCUUUGUGUUAUUUUUCUAUUUAUUAUAAUUAGUGAACAUAUAUUUUUUAUUUUCACAAUAUUUGGGUGUUUUUUUUCCCAAACACUGGAAUAGAUACUGUAUUUUCCAGGGUAUAAGAUGACUUUCUAGACCCAAAUUAUAGUGCCAAAAUUUGGGGGUCGUCUUAUACGCCGGGUACAAUGGCCGAAAUAUAGUUUUAAUGCCCGCCGAGUGCUCCAUACCUUGUACUAGAGGUAGCCAGAUCGGUGCCAGGCCCCCUGGGUGGUCGGUAGCGGGUAUAGAGGCGAAUCCCGGUGAGUGAAGAGGCCGCCGAAGCCACCAACCCCGCGUGCGCGGCAAUGUUUAAAUAAAAUCUGUUAAGUUUGAUGUGUUUUGGUGAUUUUAAGUACCAGAAAGUCAACAGUUUUCAUUAAAAUUACCAUAUUUAAAUCAAAUCUGAUGUUUUUUUUAUGUUACUGAUUUUUUUUUUAAAAAUGGUAUUGUCUGGGAAGGGCGUAGUCUUACACGGUGAGUAUAUCCCAAAACCAAUAUUUUUCCUGGAAAAUUAGGGGGUCGUCUUAUACGUCCAGUCGUUUUAUACGACGGAAAAUAUGGUAUAUUUAUUGGCAGUUACUAAUUUCAAAGAUAAAAAAGGUGUUUUUUUUACUAAAAUAUUACUUCACUCAAGUUGUUGAGGGAGUAUAGCUCAUGUGUAUACACACAUAACAGUGACCCAAUAAUUCAUGUUUUUCUUUACUUUAAGUAGGAAAAAUAAAUAAUUUAUAAAGUAAAGUUAAAUUAAAAGGUACUCAUGAACCCUUAGGACUAAAUAUGUGUAUGUCAUCUGUGCCUCUAUUCUUGAAGGCUCUCUUUUUCAUUACCAUCAUUAAAUUAAUAGUUUUUAGAAAUGUCUAUAAAAAUAAAGGAAUACAUUUUUUUCCUUCUAUAUUUGCAGAAACAAGUUAUUUGUAAAUUUGCAAUGGAUGUUUAUGCACUAGCAUUGACACUCUUCUUUGUUCAGACUUCAAACCAUCUGAUGCAGAUGUUGAGAGAGAAGGAUAUAAAAGAUGUGGUAUAAGUUAGAUAAAUGUAGUGAUUUAUAUUAACUUAUAAGAAUCAAUAAAUAUCUAUUUAUUUGUUUAGUUGUGUUAUAGUUUUAAAUAUUAUAACUGGUUCUUGCGAGCAAAAAAUGAAAUAUCCUAAAUGAGCAUUUUAACAAUAGAAAAAUAAGAAACAAAAUUGUUUUAUUGCUAAUGUUACGGUAUUCUAAACUAUAGCAAAUUUAUUACUACUAACACGAACCCCUUCAGUCCCAUUCUUCUGUAUGCUGUACAUUACAAGUCUUCAACAAAACUUGUGUUUUUUUACCAAAUCGCUCAUGUUCAUCAUAGCAGAAGUUAUUUAUUAUAAUUGGAUUCAGCUUGAAAAAUCUGACCUUAAGCUUGAAAAAAAAAGUUUUUUACUGCUAGCUAAUGCAAUAAAGGCAAUUUUUACAAGUGUCUACUUUCAAAUAUUGGAGGUCGCUUUUGAAUAUAAUCUAGUGAUGCUACUAAGAGAAUUACUAAAAAUAAGAAGUGAAUAACCAUCCUAUUGGAUGAUACUUUAUCAGGUAAAGGUAAUAUAGCUGCGUAAAAACAGGUGCAGCUGCUCUUUCAGAAAAAGGUUUAUGAUCUAAGUAACUACAGCAAAGAAAUAUGAAACUUAUUGCUACUCUUUAAAACGCCAGAGCAAGGCAGUUUUUGAUUUGGAACUGUGAUAUAAGCCAAGAGAGCAGGUGUUAGUAGAGUGGCCAUGAGUUUAUUUGAAAUUUGGAAUUCAAUUACUUAAACAACUUUUUUGUGGUUAAUGCAAAAACAAUUGUGUUAAAUUUUUCAACUUCUCAAUUUGGUUCAUAACUUCAUACAUGCCAACUUGCAAGCUCAAAACCUGUACAAAAAAUCCCCCAAAAUCUAUUUUAAAAAAACGAAAAGAUAAAUUAAUUAUAAUUAAUUUGUUCAAUUACGGUAUCACUUUAAAAAAAUGCAUCACUUGGCAUGUAUAAAAAAGUUACCUUGUGAUCUAGAUUUUAACUGGGACUGAGCCGGAUGCAGUUUUUUGUCUGUGUAUUUUGAGAAUAUAAAAUGACAAAACAUUUUAAAAAAUGUGCAUAUAAUUUUAUUCAAAUGGUCACACCCAGUUCCAUUUCAUUGGCCGGGUAUUCUCCGUUUCAUUGGCCGGGUAUUCUCCAGGUUUAUAAUACUUGGCAUUUGCAGGUAUCCUGGUCAGCCACUGGUUCAGCCCUAAUGUUAACCUAUGAUAUGUUGAAAAAGAUAAUCAUGUUCCAAAAUUUUGUAGCAUGCUCUUUCAUAAUAUUAUAAAGCAUUAUCAUUUUUCCUUUUUAAAAAAUUCAAAUAGGAUCCUAAAGAUUAGAAUUAUCCUUAAUUUGUUAGAAUAAAUGAAGAUGAACAUGUUUUUCCAUAUUAAAUCCUAUGGGAUUAAAGUGGCUAAAUUAAAAAUUUAACACCUGCAUUCUGCAUUGACUAGAAGCAGCUAAUAAAUUUCUAAUAUCUAAAGCAGAUUAAUGACUUAAAAUGCAUUCAGUUUCAUGCAGCACUUAUGAAGAAUCUGCUUAGAUGGAAGCAAUAAAUAGUUUUAAAAGUUCUAUCUACGUGCAAAUAUUAAACAAAAAGCAUUUAUUAUGCAUACUAUUUUGUAUUUAAAGAAAUUGAUACCCAUAAGUAUAAGAGUUUCACGGAUAAAUUAUUGAUUCUAAUUAUUACAGAUGACAGAGAAACCAGAAGAUAUUCUCUGCAUUGCCCUACCGGAGACAAUACCUACUGAGUUAAGGGCAGUAAUGCGCCAGUGUUUAGAUGGAUGUCCAAUGACUCGAUGGAGUGCCCAACAAGCCGUUAGGCAGCUUGCUGGUAAUAUUUUAUUCAGUAAAGAAAAGAAUACUUAAGUAUUUAGUUAAGAUGUUGGAAAACUAUAAGAUGUACAGCUUAAACCUCUCAUUACUGCAGCCUUUUCAAAAAUUAGUAUAUAAAUUUUACGGGAACCUGAUUGUGGUUUAUACCGGUACCAAGCAAAUUUAAUUGAUUUGGGUCAUAGCUUAAGAUUUUUUCAUAACUUUUGUUAUUUGCAUAGUUAACUUAAUGGUUGCAAGUUAAUGGACUUGGCAUUGAAUAAAAUAUCAAAGUCACAUGGUUACUUUAUUAACAAAAAGAGCUUGGACAUUUUUUUUUUCAUGAAUCACCACAAUCCUGUUACUUAUUUCUUAAAUUAUACCGGUAUCUAGUUUAACUGUACAGGAAGGCCUAUGAGUAAUAAAGCAUAGGAUAACAUGGGGGUGACUAACAAUCAAGCUGUAAAUAAUGAAAUGUGGGCGCACAGAAUGUGAAAAUUUAUUAUGAGCUUAAUUCUAAAGGAAAGAGAAACUUAGCUCACAGAAACUUUAAAGUCUCAGAGGUAACUAAGAAAAGAAAACUAAACUAAGAAUUACGGUUAAGGAAAUAAAGUAAGUACAAGUUGCUUGAAUAAAAAAAGAAAAGGGAAGGGGUAAUUUAAUCACAAAAAGGAAUAUAGUUGAAAGUGGAACGAGGUAGGGUGUUGUUUUUUUCUGCUCAAGGAUGAAAAUAUCUUCGCUAAGUCUAUAUUCCAGUUUCACUAAUAGCAGAUGACUCUAUAGUUGACAUGAUGACAUGACUGAUGUUUAAGUCUUACAUCGGGUUUAGUUCUAAAUUAGGAUGGGCUAGCUGAGAGGCGGCUGUGAUGAGUUUCUUACAGUUCAGCUAAACUGCAUGGCGAAUGGAUUCAAUUAUUAUCACUAAUAAACAGUUUGUAAAAAAUAUCCUUGAAUAAGAGAAGGCAACAAAAAAUUUUAAUUCUUAAAAACCCACAUUGCAGAGGGGUUAAUUUAAAUCUGUUUGAACUUGCCAAAAAUUGUUUUCUAGAUUUGAUCUAAUAAAAUAUUUUUGUACCAGUUUUUUUUUGGUGUACCCGGUAUUUAAAAAAAACAAAUUGAUUUUCUAAACUACUAACUUUUACAAUAAAGCGGGUUUAUUAGGUUGUUGUUUUCCCUACAACUGGCAGAAAUUUAUUAAGUAGUGUAAUGUAUUUUUAUUUUUCUCCAUUUAAAAACAGAAGACACAAUGACUCAGACAGAAAAUUACAAGGAUAAAUUUGAAAGGAUAUAUGCCUUACUGAAAAGUGGUGGCACUAAAGUCUCUUCAAGAACGGUUUUUGGGGAGCAAUCCACAUCUUUUCCAUUCAGUGUUGACCAUCAAGAAAGAGUUCAGUAUUUUGUUGGGAGCAGUAAGGGCAUUGAAAAACGAGAACUGACCACCACUGCGAAGAGUAGGAAAAAUAAUUUAUUUACCGGAAAUAAAUGCAGUAAAUCACUUUCAAAAUGUAAAAAAGUAACAAAGCCACCUACAAAAGGGAAACCAACUCGGAAGAAUUCAUUUGAAAGAAAUAUUGCGCAUAAUUACCAUUCUGGGUUGCUGCCGGAAGUUGAAAAAAGUGAAAAGCCAGUGUUACAAAGAUCAGCUGAUAUUAUGGAGGCAUCUCCAGAUGAAAAAGCUUAUUCUUGCUCAAUAUUGCUAAAAAAUCUAGCUUUACAAGUUCAGCCUAUUGAGCCAGUGCAGGAAGUUUCAGUAUCACAAACACAGACUCAGUUUCUCAGUCACAUGGAAACUUUAGGGAAACAUGUCAACAUAUUGGCUGAUACCACUCAAACAACCACAGGGAAAUUAGUGCAGGGGACAAAUCCGUGUCAAGCAGCCAGUAAAGAGACUGUGCAUUUUUCCUUUUCACAAUGUCAGAAGACUGAUUUAUACCAGAAUCCGAAUCAGAGAAUUAAUGCCAAGGCUGGCAAAAAGUUCAUUGCUCAGAAUGAGACACGAGGAGAGAUCGUGUGGAAAAGUGUGACCAUACAAAAUGUUCAAAGAGAGGAAUUGUCAAAGCCUGUUGAUUGGGAAAGCUGUAAAUAUGAGGACAGCAUGAAAUUAAAUGCUCCUUAUGUGACAGAGUUCAGGGCAAGCAGAGAUGGCAGUGUAAUGUCACAAACUGGCACAAGUGAGAGUGGCAGCAUUAUGCGAUCCCUACCUGAGAUAACAGAUAUUACCAUUCAUCCUGUUGUGGCAACAACCCAAACAAAUCCUGACCCCUCAGAACUUUUUAAUACCAAAGUCAGCUCAGGUGAUGACAUGGACUUUGUGAUAGAUGCGUUGGGUCCCACUGCUUUCACUGGCAACGAAGAUGACAUUGUUAAUAAUUUGUUCAGCAAAUUAAUUGAACAAGAUAAACAGAAUGAUCCUUGUGUGUCGACAGUUGAUUUUUCUACUGAUGUCAAUCUGAACCAGUUUAGAGGAGAGGGAGUAUGCCCAAAUCCUGCUAGAGACAUAGAAGUGAUGGAUAUUGAUCAAGCUGAGCCCAAUCUCAAUUUUACCAGCAAAACACCUUCUUUGGCAGACUGUGUCACAUUUAGGACCAGCAGAAAACGCAUGUCUUAUUCACUUGAAAAUGCUGAAAUACCAAAGAAAACCAUUUGCACCUACCCUGAACUAAGAGAUAAAGAGCAAAAGUUACCAAACUUUGAUAUAAUUUUAGAUUGAGAUUCAUGUUUCUCAUUCUUGUAAAUGAAUUGUUCUCACAGCCGGUACAUAUAUAUUUUUUUUAGUCAGAUGUUCAGUCUUUAAACUUUAUCAUUGCUAUUCAAUAUUUUUUACAAUGGCUUUAUAAAGUUUAUAGUUGUUAAUUACUAUAACUUGUUUUUUUGUAAAAAUAAUUUUCAAGUAGAAGCAUUUAGUUUACAUGUUAAUCAUCACAUUCCACAUUUUCAGUUUUUAAGUUAUAAGUUCCAUUUCUGUGUAUAAAUUCUUAACAACUGUUUUGAGGUUUGUGUAACCAUGAAACCACACCAUAAUUUUUUCAUCAUUUUUUUUAAGAGCUCUAUCAUUACAUUUUCCACUGCAAUCCAUAUAAUGAAAUGGUUACGAUAAAUAUAAUUAUACAUUUAUAACAUUUUCUCUGAGAUGGUAGGAGUAUCUGUUGACCUGUAAAUACUGUUGAUAAUAAAUAUUUAUCAUGUUAUUUAUUUAUAUGUACAUCUACUCUAAACUCUACAUUUAAAAAUAAAUGCUAUUGUUAAAUUUUACUGAAUUUUUACGACUUAGCAUUAUUUUAUUUAAAUCUCCAAAGAUUCAUAUCCAGAUCAUUAUUACUCUUUCAUACCUGGAAACAUAAAUAUUCUUUGUUUCAAAUAAACCUGUGAGAAAGUAAAGGAUCUUUAUAAACUUGCAGCCGCCAUCUUUUGAGCCCAUUUAAUUCAUUCAUAGCAUAAACUCUAUUUUGAGGUGCAAUGUAUACUAGUGUACCAGUAAUUUGUGUACUACUGUCAUGUUUGAAAGUAAUGAAGUGCAUUAUCACAAUUGUUUCAAAUAAACUACUUUACCUUG